UUUCUGCUUCGCUGGAAAAAAAAAUACAUCAAGUGUCAGACAAGAGAGAGGUUACAUGACAAAUGGCAAUUCGUGAUACUAGGUGGCUGUGUGCAUGCCAUGGCAUUUCUACAUGUCGUUAUGUGCUUAUGUGCGAACAUGACGCCACGAUCAAUACUGGGUAAAAUAUGCCACAUCCCUACAUCUAUGUACCUAGGUAAGUAUUUAAAGUCUAGAUCGGCAUCGAGGUCGGAUUUGGGGGAUCUGCGGGGUAUGUGUACGUGCAUGUGCAUGCAUGCUUGCUUGCGUGGAGUAUCUACCUAUCUAUAUUUAUAUAUACCUAUGUAUGUAUGUAUGGGUGUGUUAUAUAAAGAAAUCUCCGUCCUCCCUACCUAUCCUCUCUCACCGCCCAAAACAACAAUGCUCCUCCCAACCUCCCUCCUCCUCCUCUUCCUCGCCACAUCCACCCUCGCGUCCCCCCUUGAAGCAGCACCAUCUGCGACAGCGUCGGCGAUAGAAAAAGGUCAUAAGAAUAAACAUCAUGAGCAUCUUCCUCGCUUUAAAAAGGCUUGCGAGUGCGUUAAACCGGUUAUGCCUAUGGGGAUGUUGAGUGAGAAGGAGAAAUGCCAUUUCAGAUAUUAUCAGGACAUCACGUGUUUCCAGGUUUCGGGGGGUGGAUGCAAAGAACCUGUUCUCAAGGUAUGCAGUAUUCCUUCCUUUCUUUGUUGGUAAGGUGCGU